AUGUCUCUGCUGGCGGCGGACCAGAGGGUCUGCGUCCAUUUGAUAGGAACCCUCUUUGGGAUGUUGCAUACCGUGGAAGACAGCGGUGCCCUGGACCUAUUCGUAGAAGUUCUGGUGCGGCUUGUAGUGGAGCUGAAGUCAGAACAAUACUUACGCUGCAUUUUGGAUGAAAGCCAAAAAGAGCUGUGCAAAGCAACUACCAUGAGAGGCAGCCUGCCCACAUUCACGCUCUUGGGCAAGCUGGCAGAUGCCAUCCCAGGCUUUGCUGAUAUACUGGUGGUAGAGCACAGUAAUUUAGUGGAUCAUCUGCUGAUGGGCUUGACGUACCCAAAUGAAGGUAUAAAGGCUGCUGUCUGCUACUUGUAUGGCAAGCUGUACUCCUCUCCUGUUGGCACAGAACGGCUCUCAGCACACUUCGAAGAAAGGCUGUGUGGUCUCUUCUUGAAUACUUUGGGGCAUGCACAGACAAAGGAGCUGCAGGUUAAUUGUUUGGGUUUGCUAAAGGAGCUGCUGAAAUCUGACCAUUUUGUAUCCACUCUUAUGAAUAAUUCAAAGACAGAGGAGGAGUCUGAGAACCCUGAUGUUUUACAAGGGGAAAAUCCACUGCCACUUGUGCUCAAAAAGCUUUUGUUGACCAGAGAUGAGAUGUUACAGGCAGCAAGUUCUCACUGUGUGGCUGCAGUGCUGGUUCACUCUCCCAGCAGAUAUGCUCCUGCUUUUAUCCAUGCAGAUGUCCCAGAAUUCCUGUUUGAGUGUCUCCUGUGCAAAAGUGAAAUUCUCAUCUGGUCAGUGUAUUGCUGCCUGCUCCUCCUAACUGAAGAGCGCCUCUUCUUCUCAAAGUGUCACACAGUCUAUGGCAUUGAAUCUCUGGUGAGGAGUCUCCAAGAUGUCCUGCAGCUGAACAAUGUGGAGUUGCACAAACAAGGGCUCCUGCUCUUCACUGAAAUACUGAAGCGGCAACCAGUGGAAAUUAACUUAUUCACACACCGAGGUGUAUGUAUAGAAGCCAUUGAUGUUUUGAUGGAGACAGUGAACUGCCCAGUGCUGGAGGUGGUAGUGGAGGCUGUGAGAGCUGUGGCAGCUUUCCUGAGGAAGGACCAUCUGAGCUCCCCUCCAGUCCCAUAUGAAGAGCUGCAGAAGCUGCUGGAGGCAGUGCUGAAGCGAUGUGCCGACCUUUCUCCACCACAGAGUAGCAAGAGGCAUGCAGGUGAUCUCCUAUUCUCAGUGUCUCACAGUCACUCAGCAAACAGAAAUCUCAGCAGAGUUCCUCAGAGACAGGGCGAGUUCUUGCUUAACACCCUGGAAAGUUUCAGAAAUGCUUGCAGGUUAGCAGUGGAAUUCCAGAGUGACCCCAUGGCCCAGGAGAAUGCUUUCACUGCCCCCAACUCUGAGAGCAAGGACACGCUGAGCAACUUCUGUGAGUUCCUGUUGAGGAUUUGUGACAGUCUCUGCAUCCCCAUGGUCAUGAACUACCUGGAAAGGGCUGUCAGCCCAUCAGUGAUGGAGGUUUUCAUCUCAACACUUAAUACCCUCUUUACAGUGGUGCCAAACAUGCGGAAUAAGUUCUCCAAAAAGCUGGCAUCUUCCUCCUUCAUCCAACUGACACUGGAGCUGAAGGGCAGAUUUUGCUCUGUACAAAGUAAUCCUGCCUUGAAUCAGGCCUGUUCCAGCUUCCUCUACAGCUUGUGCCUGAGCCUUUACUCAACUACAGAGAAGGAGAGAACUUCUUCCCAGGAGGAGCAAGAGAUGUCUGAGCUCCUGCAGAAGGGUCUGCCUCAAUUAAACUACACCGUGGCUGAAAGCCUUCUCCUCCUGGCUGAAACCCUUGAGCCUUUCUGUUUGGAUCAGUCUCUUUGCAGCCACCAACACUGCUUCAUACUACUGUUAUACUUCGCCUACACCCUUGGGGACAGGUUUGUCCCAGAAGCAGAAUUAUUUGUAGCCAUAAGAAAUUUCCUCCUGUCAGCCCAGGAGCAUGGAGACUGUCCCCCUCCUUACGUACUCAGAGCUGCGCUUUACCUCCUUGCUGUCUGUCAGGACAAAGGCAAAGCCCUGGACUUGAGGUCGUUGUGUACCAUAAGGAGGAUCCUGGAUAAUCUUCCAGAUCUGAGCUUAGUCUACGGAUUUGGACACCAAGUCCUCCAACUCUGGUUUUCCUGGGGAGACUGCAAGCAAACUGAGACUGCAGGAGGUGGUUUUGGUGUGUCUGAUCACCUGGACAGCACUAGCCCGUUACUUCCCAUUCUGAAGAGCAAUUCCAGCAUUUUACUUAUUUUACUGGACCUGGUCUGUUCAAGCUCUGUGGAGGUGGCUUGGAAGGUGUUGAUGACUCUAAGGACCUUCCUGGAAAGAAAUGAGGAUGUCCUUGUCUGUGACCUCCUCCGGAGUCGGUUCCUACAGAUUCUGCAGCAGCUGCUGGUAGAGUGCAGCUCAGCCUCCUUACAAGCUAACAGGAACCUGCCUGUUUUGCUGAGCCUCCUUUUCCUGGUGCAGCUGCGGAGCAAGGGUGUGAGGGAGCUGGACAGCACAGACUUCAAGUUGCUUCAUCAGGUCAGUAAUCUCUGUGGGAAAUGCAGGACGAUGGACACUGACCUCCUGCAGCCAUCCUUGAAUUUUCUGUACUGGAGCCUUCAUCAGACAACGCCUUGUAGUCAACAGAGAGCAGUGGCUGUGCUGCUCUCCAACGUGUCCUUGCUAGAGCUCCUGCAGAAGGUUUUGGAGUGCACCUGGUUGCGGUCCCCUCCCUCCGAACCUGCUUACUUAUCAUCUGAGGAUGCCUUGCUGUGCUCUGGAUGGCUGUUGGCAGCGUCCCUCUUACUUUAUCAGCAUCGCUACAAUACUGAGGUUCACCAGACACUCUCUCUAGACCUAACAGAAGUCCUGAAUGCAGUCAUCUUCAGGAAGAAGCAGCCAAUCCUGCUGUUAGUGAGCAUCAUGCAGUUCCUGAAAGCCCUCCUGCGACAGAACUUCUCCUCCUCUCUGCUGGUGAUCGUUGGGCAAAACACAGCCCAAGGUGCUAUGCAACCACAGCCGUCGUCACUGGAGGAUGCUGCCUUGCACCCCCUUGCUGUGCAGCAGGUCUUCCCGCUUGUUGUCAGUCUGCAGAACCUUCUGGUGCAUGUCCAGUUGCAGAAAGACUUGCUGCUCUCUCAAGCCGUGGUUGCCUGCCUGGAAACCUUAGUGGAAUACCUGUAUGUGAAGAACCAGGAUGUUGCUCUACAUGUUGCUUCGCAGCCCUGGCACCGAUUCCUGCUCUUCACACUCCUCAGUGGGGGCCAGAAGUCCUUUCUGCAGCCAGAAGUUCUCAGGCUGAUGACUUUGUUUCUGAAAUACCAGAGCAGCAACAUUAUUUCUCAAAAAGAAAUCAGCCAGAUUCUCCAGGAGGCAUCAGAAGCCAACUUAGCAGAGCUGCCUGAGGCCAUGUCUCGUGCUCUUCACCUCUUCCUUUGUCAGAUUCAGAGCAGUCAUUGCCAGGUGGAGCCGGCGCAGUCAGGGACCAUUCAGACCUUGCUGGAACGCCUCCUGGAACAGAGGAGCACUUGUGUGAAACAUCAGGACAUUGUAUGUCUGGGAAGUGUGGCAGUGUCCCUCUCGCACAUCGGGGACUGAAAUGAGAAGACAUGGUGCAUGCAGCAGAG